GGGAAGAUUCGAACUUCGAAUUGGCGAGGAGAGCGGAGCGAGCGGACCGAGUCGAUUAAAGUCAAAUAAAAACACCUCAAGAUGAUCAGGCCGACGAAGGGCAAGACCCCGCGCCGACCAGCUCCUAAAAAGCCAUCGAACAACCAGAAAGAUCCAGUUGGGGUGUACUGCCGUGUGCGUCCACUAGGUGCAGAGGAUGAAGAAUGCUGUGUUGAGGUCAUAAGCAGUACUACCAUCCAGCUUCACGCCCCUGAUGGUCUCAAAGCCAACAGGAAUGGUGAAUUCAAAGAGACUCAGUAUUCCUUCAAAAAAGUUUUUGGAAUUAAAACAACACAAAGGGAAUUGUUUGAGGAAGUCGCAAAACCUCUUGUGGAAGACCUUAUUCACUGUAAAAAUGGUCUUCUGUUCACCUAUGGUGUCACUGGGAGUGGAAAAACCUUCACAAUGACUGGUUCCCCAGGCCAAGGUGGCCUCCUGCCUCGCUCACUAGGCAUGAUCUUCAACAGUAUUGGUCCUUUCCAGGCCAAGAGAUUUGUUUUCAAACCUGAUGAUAAGAAUGGCAUGGAAGUCCAAAAUCAAGUGGAUGCUCUUUUGGAGCGACAGAAGCGAGACAGUCAGCAAUCUGUACCAAAGACUCCAUCCUCGAGGCAGAAAGUAGACCCUGAGUUUGCUGACAUGAUUAGCCCAGAGGACUCUUGUAAGGCUGAUGCAAUAGAUGAGGACAGCAGCUACAGUGUGUUUGUCUCUUACAUUGAGAUAUACAAUAACUACAUCUAUGAUCUCCUGGAGGAGGCUCCAUUUGACCCAAUAAAGCCAAAGUGGAAUGGUGCAGGGACACCUCUGCGAAACAACACUGAGUUCAUACCACCGCAAUCUAAAAUUUUGCGCGAAGACCAAAACCACAACAUGUAUGUAGCUGGGUGCACUGAAGUUGAAGUUAAGUCAACUGAGGAAGCAUUUGAAGUCUUUUGGAGGGGUCAGAAGAAGCGCAGGAUUGCAAACACACAGUUGAAUCGGGAGUCCAGCAGAUCUCACAGUGUUUUUAUCAUCAAACUGGCUCAAGCACCGUUGGAUGCAGAUGGAGACAAUGUUCUUCAGGACAAGAACCAGGUGAAUGUGAGCCAGCUGUGUCUGGUGGAUCUGGCUGGCAGCGAACGCACAAGCAGAACACGUGCAGAGGGCAGCCGCCUUCGAGAAGCAGGCAACAUCAAUCAGUCUCUGAUGACACUCCGCACUUGUAUUGAAGUUUUGAGAGAGAAUCAGAUGUGUGGCACUAAUAAGAUGGUCCCAUACAGAGACUCUAAAGUGACUCACUUGUUCAAAAACUAUUUUGAUGGAGAAGGCAAAGUCAGAAUGGUGGUCUGUGUCAAUCCUAAGGCAGAUGAUUACGAAGAAACUAUGCUGGUAAUGCGGUUUGCCGAGAUGACUCAGGAGGUGGAGGUGGCCCGGCCUGUCGACCGGCCCAUUUGUGGGUUUGCUGCAGGCCGCAGACAGAGGAACCAGGCCUUCAAAGAGGAGCUGUCUCGUCGGCUAGAGGAACGUGGUGGCCCAGUAGAUGGAGAGCCUCCCUCAGCCCUAAGCCAGCUGCUGCAAAGCUUGCCUCCGCUACCUCCCUGUGAGAUCUCUGACCCUGCCGAUGACCACACAUUUCCUAGGGUCAUUGAGUGCUUGGAGAAGAGGCUUAAGGUCCGCCAGAUGUUGACUGAAGAGUACAACAAAGCUGCUAACAUGCUAAAGUCUAUGCUUCAAGAACUGGAUGGUAAACUUAUGUCCAAAGAGAACUUUAUUCAUGAGCAGCGAGGCAAACUGGGGGAGAAGGAUAAAAUGAUACAGAACCAGAAAAAUGAAAUUGAUCGUCUGGAGAAGAAAUCCAAGAUGCUGGAAUACAAGAUUGACAUCCUGCAGAAAACCACCAACAUCUAUGAGGAGGACAAGCGUGCUCUUCAGCACGAGUUGGAGAGCAGGGAGCAGAGGCUGCACCGUGAACUCUCAGAGAAGAAACGGAUGGAGGCACGCCUGCAAGGCAUGGUCACUGAUGAAAAGCUCAGGUGGCAGAAGGAGUGUGAGAGGCGUGUAAAUGCCAAGGAGCUGGAGAUGCAAAACAAGCUAUGGGUGAAGGAUGAGAAGCUGAAGCAGCUCAAAGCCAUCGUGACAGAGAGUAAGACGGACAGCCGGCCAGAGAAACCCCAGCGGCCUUCCAGAGAGAAGGACCGAGUACCUGCUAAGAGAUCAGCUUCUCCCUCGCCCAUACCUGUACGCUACACUGCUCUCCAGCCACCCCACUCCUGCCAGACCCCUGUAUACAUUCCCCCCCAGGCAGUCAGGCCAGCUCCCCUUUCCCCCAGUACCAACAGUGUAUCUGUGGCCUCCUGCAUUUCUGAGUGGGAGCAACGAGUGCCACAGGCUGGUAGACAGGGCAGCCCCUCCCCUCCCCAAAGUAGGAGCAGAGCUCAGGGUCUUAGCAGGAGGAGAGGCAAGUGCUGGACCAGAGACUGUGAGGUGCCUGUCCAGCCAGGGGAUGUAGACCUAGAGGAGAAUGGUUACAGGACUGGACCACCAGUUAGGCCUCUGCACAGGCGCUCGCACUCUGCUGGUGCUGAGAGGUGGGUGGAUCAUAAACCGCCCACAAAUGUGGAGCUUGACACGGUCAUGCAGCCCACCGUUCCCAACGCCAUCAAGGUGACCGCUCCCAGCGAGAAAGCUCUGUCCAAGUGUGACAAGUACAUGCUGACACACCAGGAAGUGGCCUCGGAUGGAGAGAUUCAGACCAAACUCAUUAAGGGUGAAGUGUUCAAAACUAGAGGUGGGGGACAAGCAGUUCAGUUCACUGAUAUUGAAACGCUGAAACAAGAAAACCCUGUUGCCCCGAGCCGUAAGAGGAGAUCAUCAGAAACUGGCCCUAACCAAGAGGAGCAUAGAGAUGGGGACUGGACUGAUGUGGAGACCAGGUGCUCCGUGGCCGUGGAGAUGAGGGCUGGCUCAAACCUGGGACCUGGUUAUCAGCACCAUGGAUAUCCAAAACGCAGAAAGCCCUAAGAGCUGCCAUUGCAUUGCUGUCACAGUCAAGAGUCCUUUCCUCUUGAAAUCCCCUCAUCACUGUGUGCAAUACCUUACACUAUUUAACUUUUUUAAGAAUG